CCUAUAAAAGAUUUAUGAGCUAAUCGCGAAAUGUUUAGUUAGCCGCUCUAACAUAAUAUAUUCUCUUUAGCGUAUUUGCCUAGUGCACUCCUCUGACUAUUUUCAUAUUUAUUUGUACGUUUUUGAGAAGGUAAAUAUUGACAAAAGUACGACACUACUAGUGAAACGCAACCAAAAACUAAACACAAAUAUGCGCCCGAUAUAUUUGUAGUCGCUCGAUUGCUUACUUGAGCAGUAGGAAACGUCAACUUGUUGUUAGUUUUGCACAUUUGAUGAAAUUCUCCGCGCUCAUAAAACCUAUUCAGCCAUGUACACACACACGCCCAGCAAGCUGCCAUAAUCGCAUGCUAAUGAUAAAGUGUAAAAGCGCUUAAGAGUGUGUGUGUGUGUGUAAGUAAUCGACAGAUAUAAGUGUAUAAAAGCCAGAACAGUGCUUGGAGCCGACAUCAGAAAGUGCUAAACUGUGCUUGAGUUGAAGUCGUCAAACAUUGUGACAGUUCGUUUGCUUCAACAAUAAAAUAAUUUUGUUUGAAAAGUAUAAAUAAAAACAUUUAAAAAUGCGUCUGGGAGCCACAGUACCGAAUUUCAAAGCGGAAUCCACCAAGGGACCCAUCAACUUCUACGAUUGGCAAGGAAACUCUUGGGUUGUUCUAUUCUCACACCCCUCGGACUUUACACCCGUCUGCACUACCGAGUUGGGACGCAUCGCCGUUCAUCAGCCAGAAUUCGCCAAACGUAAUGCCAAGUGUUUGGCUCACUCCGUGGAUGAUUUGAAAUCACACGUUGACUGGGUGAACGAUAUUAAGUCCUAUUGUCUGGAUAUUCCCGGAGAAUUCCCCUACCCGAUCAUUGCAGACCCUCAUCGUGAUUUGGCUGUACUCUUCGGCAUGUUGGACGAGGAGCAGAAACGUGACCCGGAAAUCGGUAAAACCAUUCGCGCGCUCUACAUCAUCAGCCCCGAUCACAAAGUUCGUGUGUCGUUGUUCUACCCCAUGUCCAUGGGUCGAAAUGUUGAUGAGAUUCUUCGUUGCUUGGACUCAUUGCAAUUAACCGACAAGCUGAAGGUUGUGGCCACACCCGCCAACUGGACGCCUGGCACUAAAGUCAUGAUUCUUCCCAAUGUGACUGAUGAGGAAGCAAACAAACUGUUCCCAAAAGGAUUCGACAAAGUGACAAUGCCGUCCGGCGUCAAUUAUGUCAGAACUACUGAGAAUUACUAAGAUUUAGUCAACCAAAAACAAAAAAAUUAAAAAAAAAAUAUUUUACAAUUUGACUCCAUAGGAGUUGAGUUGGUGCCCUUUUA